GAAACUUCAUCAUUGGUAGUCAUAGUUGACGUUUCAGCAUUAGAUAUUUAGUUUACACAUGGGAGAAUUUCAAUGUCUAAAAGUUAGUCAAGUGAGUGAACUAGAACUAUAAAGCUGGAACCUGUGAUCAAAUAUGGAAAAUAUAAUUCGGGAAUAACCGGAAUAUCAUCGGUUUAUCAGGGGGGAGCUGCAUCAAUAUUCUAUAACAAAAGUGUUAAAGAUGGCGCCGACUGCCACUGUCGAUGAAACGAAACAUGAUGAAAAAAAUGAGCCAAAAAAAGAAAAAGUCACGAAGAAAAAAGAGGAUGAACCUGAAAUGAGCGAUGAAGAUAAGCAAUUACAAGAAGAAUUGAAUAUGUUGGUUGAACGGCUAAAGGAAAGUAACACAGAUUUACACAAACCAAGUCUUGAGAUGUUAAGUGUUAAAAUCAAAAGUAGCACUAGCUCAAUGACAUCUGUCCCAAAACCAUUGAAAUUCUUAAGACCUCAUUAUGGUGCCAUGAAAGAGAUGUUUGAUGAGUGGUUGGACAAGGAAAACAAGGUUUUGUUGGCUGACAUAAUAUCAAUUCUUGCAAUGACAAUAAGCGAGGAACGCGAAUGUUUAAAAUAUCACAUGUUAGGCUCAAAUGAUGCUUUGGAGUCAUGGGGUCAUGAAUAUGUUAGGCAUUUAUCUGAAGAAAUCCAUGUUGAAUACUCAUUAAGAACAACAUCUGGUGAACCUGUUGAGGAUUUGUUCAAUUUAACAAAGCAAAUUGUGCCAUACUUUAUGUCUCACAAUGCAGAAACUGAUGCAUGUGAUCUCUUAAUGGAAAUUGAUAGACUGGAGCAUCUUUUGGAAGUUGUUGAAUUAACAACUUAUCAACGAUUGUGCAUUUAUUUAACAAGUUGUGUCAAUUAUGUUCCUGAGCCUGAUGACACUAAACUGUUGAAGACAUCACUUGCUAUUUACCAAAAGUUUGAAUGCUAUCCUGAAGCAAUGAGAAUUGCUAUUCAAUUGAAUGAUAUGGAUUUGAUAAAAGAAGUCUUCUUGUCAUGUUCAGGAAGUGAUGAAAACAAACUAAUGAUGAAACAAUUGGCAUUUAUGUUGGCACGUCAGCAAGUGUUUAUUGAACUGGAUGAUGAUAUGGAAGACUGUGAAGAACUUACAGAAAUUCUUUCUAAUACACACCUUAAUAAUAACUUUCUUGCCCUGGCUAGAGAGUUAGAUAUCAUGGAACCGAAACUUCCUGAUGACGUUUAUAAAACUCAACUGGAAAGUCAUCGCUCAUCAUUUGGUAAUGUCAAUGUGGAUUCUGCUCGACAAAAUCUUGCAUCGUCUUUUGUGAAUGCCUUCCUUAAUGCUGGCUUUGGUUCAGAUAAACUUUUGAUGGAUGAGAAGUCGAAGUGGAUAUACAAGAAUAAAGAUAUAGGUGUCAUGAGUACUACAGCAUCAUUAGGACUGAUAUUAUUGUGGGAUGUUGAUGGAGGCCUUACGCAGAUAGACAAAUAUCUAUAUUCUGCUGAAGACAACAUCAAAGCAGGUGCACUUCUUGCAUGUGGUAUUGUCAAUUCUGGUGUAAGAAAUGAAUGUGAUCCAGCUUUGGCUCUUUUAUCUGAUUAUGUUCUUCAUUCAACAAAUGUCAUGCGUAUUGGUGCUGUUGUUGGACUUGGUUUGGCUUAUGCAGGCUCAAAUCGUGAGGAUGUUUUAAGUCUUUUGUAUCCAGUACUCAGUGACAAAAACUCCUCUGUUGAGAUUAUAGGUCAAACUGCUUUGGCCUGCGGUAUGAUCGCUGUCUCUUCAUGUAACGGUGAAGUUAGUGAACAAUUACUUCAAACAUUAAUGGAAAGAACCGAACUUCAAAUGAAAGAUAUAAAUUGUCGUUUUAUUGCCUUGGGUAUUGCCUUCACAUUUCUUGGAAAACAAGAUGCUGCAGAAGCGACCAUUGAAGCUCUGAAAGCUGUCCCAGAUCCUUUGGGAAAAUGGUCGUCCAUUCUUGUCGAAAUAUGUUCUUAUACAGGUACGGGUAAUGUUUUGAAAAUUCAAAAUUUACUGCACAUCUGCAGUGAACAUUUUGAAGAGAAGGAAAAGGAAGCAAAAGAGUCAGAUAGCCGAGAUUUAAGGUCUUCCAAAGACGCAAAAGAUAGCAAAGAAAAGACGAAGGAAGCUAAAGUAGAGAAGGAGGAACUACAUUCAAAGUUAGAUGGUAGUCAUCAAGGUGUUGCUGUACUUGGUAUAGCAUUGAUUGCAAUGGGUGAAGAAAUAGGUGCUCAAAUGGCUCUACGUACAUUUAGACAUUUGCUUCAAUAUGGAGAACCAGUGAUUCGUCGAGCUGUACCACUAGCUCUCGCAAUUCUAUCAGCAUCCAAUCCUCAACUAACCAUCAUGGAUAUGUUAAGUAAACUUUCCCAUGAUAAUGACGCUGAAGUUGCACAUAAUUCAAUAUUUGCGAUGGGAAUUGUUGCUGCUGGAACUAAUAACGCACGCCUUGCUGGAAUGCUUAGACAGUUAGCACAAUAUUACAACAAAGACCCCAGUAAUCUGUUUAUGGUCCGUAUUGCACAGGGUCUUGUUCAUCUUGGCAAAGGAACUAUGACUAUAGGUCCUUAUCAUUGUGAUAGAUCAUUGAUGUCUCCUGUUGCUGUUGCUGGCUUGUUGUCUGUUUUAGUUGCUGGCCUAGAUAUGAAAAAUACUAUCCUAAGCAAGAGUCAUUAUAUGUUAUUUUAUCUUGUCUCAGCAAUGCAACCAAGAAUGUUUGUUGCAUUCGAUACUGACAUUCGACCUCUUCAAGUUUCUGUCCGUGUUGGUCAGGCUGUUGAUGUUGUUGGACAAGCUGGGAAACCAAAGACCAUCACUGGAUUUCAAACUCAUACGACGCCUGUUUUGCUUGCUCAUGGUGAACGAGCUGAGUUGGCUACUGAAGAAUAUAUUUCUUUGACCCCAUUCUUGGAGGGUUUUGCUAUUUUGAAGAAGAAUCCUGAUUAUGAAGCUGAAGAGUCGAAAAAUUAACUUUACGAACAAAAAUUCAUAUAUUAGAAUCAUUUCUCAAGAGACUGAUGUUUGUUUUUGAGUGUUAAUUUAAAUUUUCUUUAAGGA